CAAGCAGAAGGGUGAGAGCUUCCUCGCCAAAGGCAAGCCCACUUAUGACAAAGACGUGACUGCACAGCGAAAAUCGGGUCGGAAGCGGCGAAGACGGGUCAGAUUGGGAGAGGAUGACACAUCCGACAAUGACUCCACCGCUGCUUCCGAUCAGGAGGAGGAGGAUGAGGAUGGGGCAGGCCGUGAUGUACGCAAGCGGAACGAGAGUUUGGGGCGUGAAUCCGGGGGAGGCGACGAAAGUGACGAGGACGAGGGAGCGGAGACAGGAGGUGAGGAAAGUGACGACGAAAAUGCCGACAACGACACGGAUGGGGAUGGUGAGGAAGAGCAUGUUGAUGAGAAUGUCGAGGAGGAUGAGGGUCGUGACGCUGGAAAGUCGGACGACGACGAACAUGACGAUGAGAAUGAGUUGGAUGAUGAGGAUGCUGACGAAGCUGUUGCUGAGGAUGCUGACGACGUCUUCCAUGACGCCCCAUGGUGUGCGAUCGAGCUGCAGAAAGCAUGAGUAGAGGAGAUGAGAUUGCAAGGUUGAAUGAUGCAGUCGGGCCUCGUGUGGGUUAAAAGUGGGCAGGGCAGUGGCUUGGGUAUGAGAAUUUUGCAACAGCAGACUGUGGGGAGAUAGGUUGUGUGAAAAGUUUGAGGUGAAACAGCCACACCCAGGGUAUGGAGAUGAGCAACACAGGCAGCAGUGGUCUACAGGUGGUGUUGAGUCAUGCCAGCAGUUAUACC